CAAAAAAAAUGUCUUGAAAUACAUGCCGAAUAUUAUCAAGGAAUUUCAAAUCUCUUAAAAGAUACCGAUGUCUCAUUAUUCUUGGCUGCACCAUCCCCGGGAAUCGAUCCUCUUCAAAUAAUCAACGAGACAGGAAUGGUAAUUAGUGGUAUGCUUGCUCCUGGCAUGAGUGGAUAUUCGGUUGGCAACCAAAAUUAUAGCAAUAAAAGAUUAAAAAGACAUAUUGGGGAUGAUGUUGAAAUAAGCGGUGAAGAGGCUUAUAAUUCCGAAAAUCAAAGACAUAAACAUAGGCGAGCGCCAAGACAACUUUGGACUGAUGAUGAAGUAGAACGAUUAAAAGCUGCUUACGAUAAACAUAACGGCGACUGGGAAUUAAUUAUCAAAGAAUUCGAACCUGAAAGAACUAGUGAAAAUAUUGACGAUGAAGGAGCUGAAUACGAACAAGAAACUGCUGAUCACGACCCUUGGCAAGAAGAAGGCAAUGACGGUUUACAUCCAAAUGUAAAACCAAUUCUUCCAAAAGGUUCAUCAAUUUACCAUGUUAGUAAAGAAUUUGGGACGGCUACGAUGGGUGGGUUAGGACAUGUUGUUACAGCUUUGGCGCAGGGACAAUCUAUAAACAGCCAGUUGAAUAUUAAUUGUGAACCUUACACUCAUUUAUCAAUUAAAAUUCAAAAUAGUUAUGGUGAAUGGAAAACUGUCAACUUCAACGUUCUAAGGUUUUUAUGGAAUGUUAGCGAAAAUCCUGAUAUCCUCAGCAAUAAUCCACCACAAUUACGAAAAAUUUGGGUUUACUUAAUUGGACCCGCCACAAAUUAUCCACCUUUUGAUUUGGCUUUUAAAGCAUCUAGUGCUCUUGAAAUAUAUUCAGCGCCACAAGGAUUACCUGUGGAAUGGAUGAAUUUAUAUUUUUGUAAAGCAGUUGCUGAACUUAUAACAUACUUGGAUAAGUAUGCGGAAACACCACUUUUUGCCAGACUUGAUAAUAGAGGUGUAGACGUUGUGCAUCUUCAUGGAGCAACGAAUGCAUUUGUGGUAGAUUUUCUCAAAGAAUUAUAUAAUGAGGACCAGUAUAGCAAACCAUCACCUCCAAUCGUUUAUACUAUGCAUGAUUAUUUAGAAGAGCAAUUAUAUUCAACUCUACUUGUCAACUUUAAAAUGUUCAAGAAUUCAAAUAACGGUAUUAAUAGUAUUGAUGAAUAUUUAAACUAUAUUCAUGGUCGUCGAUUUUAUCCAUCAUCUCUUGCAAUUGAUAGAGCCCAAAUAAUAACCUUUGUUUCUGAAACCAUGGCAAAAGAAAUGGUAGAAGGAUCUUUAGAUUUUCGUGCAAAGGAAUUAAUUAUGCCGAGUAUUCUUCAUCGUGCAUCAAAAGGUCAUUGGAUUGGAAUCACCAAUGGUGUGGAUUUUACUCAAUUUAACCCAUUUGAUGAUAUGAUGCUCUUGGAGACCGAUUCACAUUUCCCAAAGAAUAUCAUGACUUUUGAUUAUGAGCGUUUUAUCGAGGAACAAAUCGAUGCAUCAUCACAGGAGCUUGUUAUUGAUGCAAAAUUUAAAGCUAAAAGUCAGUUGAUAAAAGAGGGAUUUUUAGAAGCUGACGAUGUAAAUAGGACUAUAUUUUUAUUUAUCGGUCGGUUUCAAUAUAAUAAAGGUGUAGAAUUCUUUAUUACAGCGGUUGAGACUCUGGCAGCGCUUGAUGCUAAAUUGAUUAUUAUGGGUCAGCAGAAUAAUUUUCCAAUCAAUAAAUUGCAAAAACUUCAAUCAAAGUACCCAAAACACUUUAAUUUAAUUGAUGAUUUGGAAUUUCAGAAUGAUUGGGGUGUUUUAUAUCGUGCUGCAGCAGAUGUACAAUUUGUACCCAGUCUCACUGAAAGUUUUGGUUUAGUUGCAGCCGAAGGGUUAUUAUUUGGAGCCGCAGUUGUUAGCACGGGUAUAGGAGGAUUAAAAGAAUUUUUAGUUAAUAAAAGCACUGACAAUAUAACUGAUAGAUAUAAUUCUUAUUUAUUUGAAUUAGUUGGAUUAGUUGAGAAAACAUAUAUUAUCCAUUCAGUCGAAGGGAUGAAAAGAGCUUUAACUGCAGUAAUAAAUGACUAUAAGCGACUAAACGAUAAUUUGCAUGAAAAAGAAAUAUUUAUAAGAGAUUUGAUCAAAGAUGCACUUAAAUUGAGUUGGAAUCGACCGCAGGGACCUCUUGAACAAUAUUUUAGAGUAUAUAAUUUAGCGAUAAAAUCUCGGCGAAAAAAAACUUUAAGGAAAAAAAAAUUUAUGUUCAAUGACUUAGAUAUGUAUUUAAUGUAG